UUACUUUAUAGAUUUAUUGCUAAGUCACAACAAUUCCAGCAAUCUAGAUUAUAGUGAAUUCAACAUAUAUGGCUGAAGCUUUCCUUCAAAUUCUGUUAGACAAUAUGACUUGUUUCAUACAAGGGGAACUUGGAUUGUUUUUUGGUUUUAAGGAUGAGUUUGAAAAUAUUAAAAGCACGUUUACUACUAUCCAAGCUGUGCUUGAAGAUGCUCAGGAGAAGCAACUCAAGGACAAGCAGCUAGAAAAUUGGUUACAGAAACUCAAUGUUGCUGCAUAUGAAGUUGAUGACAUCUUGGAUGAAUGUAAAACUAAGGCAGCAAGACUCAACCAGACUAAAUAUGGAUGUUAUCAUCCAAAGGUUAUCACUUUCCGUCACAAGGUCGGGAAAAGGAUGAAAGAGAUGAUGGAGAAACUAGAUGCAAUUGCUGCAGAAUGAAGUAAGUUUCAUUUGGAGAAAAGGACUAUAUAGAGAGAAGCUUCUAGACGAGAAACAGCAAGUGCAUCAAGCAGCAAUAUCCGCGAAAUAAAUGCAAAAAGUUACACACAUAAGAUGUCCAUUGGUUUUGCUG